AUGAAUUAUCUCACGGACUAUACCGACUAUCCGGCAUACACCGACCUACCACCAGACUAUACCCCAUACACGCCUGAUGUUACUGAGACAACUGGAAGCACAGAAACCUUCGCUGGGGCUCCAGUAACUCCUGCACCAACCAUGCCCUCUUCAACUUAUUCAAUGGACAUGCCUCCUCCAUCCAUCGAGUCUGUUCUCGCAACUGCGAUCCCAGCUUCGUUCCUAUCGGAAAUGUCGAAUCCCUCGGCUGUUUCAUCUGUUGUUAGUGAGAUUCAACAUGGCAAUUUCCCAACCUGGUAUCAACAACUCCCGGGGAGUGUCAAGUCUUGGCUUAUGGAGCACUACGCGACGGGCUCUAUGCCUACUGCAACGGAUGGAGUUUCUGGUUCUGCGGCACAAGGUCAUAAUGCAGCUCCUCCAUCUGGUCUCGCCGCUACCAGCCUGCUUGGUGCGGCGUGUAUCCUUGCUGCUGCUUUGAUCUUGUAA